AUGCCAUUCUCAUCCCCCUCCCUCCUCUCAACCCCCUACACCACCCUCCCAAUCCCCAGGAACCUGAUACCUCCCCGACAAUCUCCCUCCCCCUCCACCACAACCACAACCUCACCUACCCCGCACAUCCUCUGGAUCGGCUGCACCACCACCCCCACCACCGACACGAACGCCGUCACGAACCCGCGCGCCUCGAUGUUCAUCCACCGCAACCUCGGCCCCCUCCUCAGCGCCACCGACCUCUCCACGCAAUCCGCGCUCGAAUGGUCGCUGAACCUGCUCGGCGUCGAACACAUCGUGGUAUGCGGACAUUACGGGUGUUCUUUCCUCUCUACACCCUCCACUUCCACGGAAGAACAGACGACAUCGUGGGGCGUAUGGGGGAAGGAUAUAGCUGCGUUUCACGCGGAGCAUGCGAGGUUAAGAAAAGGGAUGGGGAAGGAGGAGGAGGAGAAGCGGUUCGAGGAGUUAUAUGUGCUGGCUGAGGCGGAGUGGUUGGGGCGGCAGGAGAUGGUAAGGAAGGCGGUGGUGGAGAGGGGGUUGAGGGUUUGGGCGUUUGUGUGGGAUGAGGAGAGGGGGGAGGGGGUGAGGGUUGUUAGGACGGGGGAGAAGGUGGACGGGGAGGUGUAA